AGCCCUUGCCCUCAGGGUCUGCGUGCUCUCAGUACUGCCUGCACCAGUGCUGCAGGAGCAGCGCAGUGAGCACAGCCCAGGACGUUGGCUUCCUCCCUGUCCCUUCAUUACCUGGCUGAUCUGCUGCAUGGCAGGGCUCUGACUCUCUCUUUCUUUCUCUCCCUUUCUCCUCCUCUCUUUCUCUCUGUCUCUUGCAGUAUGCAGUACUGGGCCAGAAGGCUGGAGCAGGAGAUUGAUGGCGUGAUGAGGAUAUUUGGUGGCGUCCAGCAGCUCAGAGGGAUCUACAAUGAGAAUAGAAACCUGUUUGAAGUCAAGGAGAACGUGCCCAGAAAAUUAGUGGAGAAGGUUGCAGGGGACAUUGAAAGCCUGCUGGCCAAGAAAGUCCGUGCUUUAAAGAGGCUGGCCAACGCAGCAGAGAAGUUCCAGAAGGCCCACCACUGGCAGGACAACAUCCGGGAGGAAGAUAUCGAGUACUACGACUCCAAGGCAGACACGGAAUUCGUGAGUGCUGAUGAUCCCGAUGGGGAAGAAAUCGAGCGGGAGAAGUCCAACUCCCUAAAGCUGGAGUUCACCGAUGAUGCCAACUUCAAGACCAAGGUUAACUACUCGUAUGCUGCCGUGCAGAUCCCCACUGACAUCUACAAAGGCUCCACCGUGAUCCUCAACGAGCUGAACUGGACACAGGCACUGGAGGACGUUUUCAUUGAGAACCACAAGGAAGACCCCUCCCUGCUCUGGCAGGUCUUCGGCAGUGCCACCGGCGUCACCCGCUACUACCCUGCCACCCCAUGGAGAGCACCCAAUAAGAUCGACCUGUACGACGUGCGCAGACGGCCCUGGUACAUCCAGGGCGCUUCAUCCCCAAAGGACAUGGUCAUCAUCGUGGAUGUGAGCGGCAGUGUGAGCGGCCUCACCCUCAAGCUGAUGAAGACCUCGGUCUACGAGAUGCUGGACACGCUCUCGGAUGAUGACUACGUCAACGUGGCCUCAUUCAACGAAAAGGCAAAGCCGGUGUCAUGCUUCAAGCAUCUGGUGCAGGCCAACAUCCGCAACAAGAAGGUCUUCAAGGAGGAUGUGCACGGCAUGGUGGCCAAGGGCACGACUGACUACAAGGCUGGCUUCGAGUAUGCCUUCGAGCAGCUGCAGAAUUCCAACAUCACACGUGCCAACUGCAACAAGAUGAUCAUGAUGUUCACGGACGGUGGUGAGGACCGGGUGCAGGAUGUCUUUGAGAAGUACAACUGGCCCAAUAAGACGGUGCGUGUCUUUACCUUCUCUGUGGGGCAGCACAACUAUGACGUGACCCCGCUGCAGUGGAUGGCAUGUGCCAACAAAGGUUACUACUUCGAAAUCCCCUCUAUUGGUGCCAUCCGCAUCAACACACAGGAGUACCUGGAUGUGCUGGGCAGGCCCAUGGUGCUGGCUGGGAACCGCGCCAAGCAGGUGCAGUGGACCAACGUCUACCAGGAUGCUCUGGGGCUGGGGCUGGUGGUGACGGGCACGCUUCCUGUGUUCAACCUGACAGAGGACAACAGUGACAGGAAGAACCAGCUCAUCCUCGGCGUGAUGGGGAUCGAUGUGGCGCUGAACGACAUCAAGAAGCUGACACCACGAUACAAUCUGGGCGCCAAUGGCUACGUCUUCGCCAUUGACUUGAAUGGCUACGUGCUGCUGCAUCCCAACCUGCAGCCCCAGAUCAUCAAUUUCCACGAGCCGGUGACGCUGGACUUCCUGGACGCCGAACUGGAGGAUGAGAACAAGGAGGAGAUCCGGAGAAGCAUGAUUGAUGGGAACGAUGGGCAGAGGUUCAUCAAGACACUCAUCAAGUCGUUGGAUGAGCAAUACAUCGACGAGGUGUUCAGGACCUACACGUGGGCUCCCAUCAAAAGCACCAACUACAGCCUGGGGCUGGUCCUGCCCCCCUACAGCACCUACUACAUCCAGGCCAACCUCAGUGACCAGAUCCUGCAAGUGAAGUAUUUUGAAUACCUGCUGCCCAACAGCUUUGAGUCGGAGGGACAUGUGUUCAUUGCUCCCAGAGAGUAUUGCAAAGACCUCGACUUGUCAGAUAACAACACCGAGUUCCUGGAGAACUUUAUUGCCCUCAUGGAAAAGGUGACCCCAGACUCCAAGCAGUGUGACAAUUUCCUCCUGCACAACCUAAUCCUGGACACAGGCAUCACGCAGCAGCUGGUGGAGCGCGUCUGGAAGGACCAGGACCUCAACACGUACAGUCUCCUGGCUGUCUUCGCAGCCACAGAUGGUGGCAUCACCCGUGUCUUCCCAAACAAAGCUGCAGAUGACUGGGAGGAGGAGCCGGAGCCCUUCAAUGCCAGCUUCUACCGCAGGAGCCUGGAUAACAAGGGCUACAUAUUCAAACCGCCCUACAGGGAUGAUGGCUACCAGGGGCUGGAUCUGGAGAAUAACACCAUUGGGAUCCUGGUGAGCACCGCUGUGGAGCUCAGCAUUGGGGGCAAGACGCUGAAGCCAGCAGUGGUUGGGGUGAAGCUGGACCUGGAGGCCUGGGCAGAGAAGUUCAAGGUUCUGGCAAGCAACCGGACAGACCGUGACCAGCUGGGCUCCCGCCGGUGUGACCCCUCGAGCAGCUGUGAGAUGGACUGCGAGGCCAACAACAAGGACCUCAUCUGUGUCCUCAUUGAUGACGGUGGCUUCCUGGUGCUCUCCAACCAGGAGGAUCACUGGUACCAGGUGGGCAAGUUCUUCAGUGAGGUAGACGCCAACCUGAUGUCUGCCCUCUACAACAACUCCUUCUACGCCCGCAAAGAGUCCUACGACUUUCAGUCCGUCUGUGCCCCUGAGGCCCAGAGCAACACAGGCGCUGCACCACGUGGUGUCUUUGUGCCCACCGUGGCCGACCUGCUGAACUUGGCCUGGUGGACCUCGGCAGCAGCCUGGUCCCUCUUCCAGCAGUUCCUCUACAGCCUCACCUACAGCAGCUGGUUCCAGACAGAGGACGUCGUGGCAGAAGGCAUGGAGGCGAGGGAGACGAGCUGCAUCAUGAAGCAGACGCAGUACUACUUCAGCACCGUCAACGCCACUUACAACGCCAUCAUCGACUGCGGGAACUGCUCCAGGUUGUUCCACGCACAGAGGCUGGCCAACACCAACCUGCUCUUCGUGGUGGCUGACAAGCCCCUGUGCAGCCAAUGCGAGUCCGUCAAGCUGCUGCAGGCUGAGGUCAGGGCUCCCCCGAGAGACCCGAACCAGUGUGAGCUGGUGGACAGGCCCCGCUACCGGAAAGGCCCCCACAUCUGCUUCGACUACAAUGCAACAGAAGAUACCUCAGACUGCGGCCGAGGGGCAUCCUUCACCCCCUCCCUCGGGGUCCUGCUCUCCCUGCAGUUGCUGCUCCUCUACGCCAGCACCAGCCGGCACCCGCUGCCCCCGGCCGCCUGCCUUUAACCCACGCCCGCCGCCCUCCUGUUCUCUCAGCCUCCAUCUCCAUUCCCUUUCCAAGGCCCGGUGGGAUGGGAGCAACCCCCCACAACUCCCCGGCCUCGGGGCCGCGCUCCCCACGGCCACAUCCAAAGAAGAGCUGGGGUGUGGGCAGGGGCCCCCAGCCAGGACGGCAUCCGGCCCCCCCCGGCCACUUGGACUCCGAAAGCCCCCUUUGGCUGCCCCCCACCGCUGCAGCCCCCCCUCGCCUAUUUUUUUAGCCUCAAGAUUUUAAACCAGAUCUUUCUACAUCUAGUUCAUCCUGGAGAACGAUGGUGCGUGUUGUCAGUGACAAAGACACGUGGGAUAAAAGGGGAAAAAAUUACACAAAAAAAAAAGGGAAGAGGAGUUGGCCUGCCUGUCCUGCUCAGUAUGGUCACGGGGAUGCCGGCCCCCGGGGUGCAGGAGGACAGUGGUUGCAGUGUCCCUGCGGCACAGGGCUCGGUGCGGGGAGCCAGGUGUUGCCUUCACCGGGACCGGACCAAGCCCAUGGUCCCCACCCUCAGCUCAUCCGCUCUCAUUCAUGUGUCUUGGGCACAGAUACUGGGGUGAAAAGGAGAGAAAAAAAAAAAAAAAAA